AUGCAUGGCUUCGUGUUGGCAAUACCUUCGCCCUUCGGUGCCAAGGUAACGCUUCCCCGAUCCCUUUCCUCGCCAACGCUUCCAGACCUCUCCAAGUCUCAAGAUAUUUCGCAACCAUUCUCCAGAUCUCCAGAUGACCUCCCUCGAUCUGCAAGUUAUACGUCUCUGCCCAACUUUGAUGGCGAAUAUAAAGUUGAGGUUGAACACGAUACGAUCAAUUCUUCUCAAGUGUCCGAGUUGUCACAACAGCCUCCGCAACCAACUCUACCAGAAAAAACAAUAUCAUCCAAAGAACCGAAACCGAGCUCCAAAAGACAGUCGCUGGUUGCUGGGCCCAAGGCUUGGAUGCAAAGAGUAAAGGGCACAUCGGAACGGCACAUGAGAACUUCCAUCGUUAGUACGACACCAAGUAGCUCAUCAUCUACGGCUCCAAGUACGAAGUCUAGCCGAGAAAGUGUACCGCGAACGGUUUCUGACUCCUUGUCAACUUUUUCCCGAAAGCCAUGGAGCCUUGCAUCUUCGAAAUCUUCAUCAUCCAGGACAAGAAAGGCGAAAGAUGACGUGUCUCUCAAAAGUUCUCGUUCAAGAGAACAAACAUUACCGAAAUCGUCUGAUAGCAACGCAAGCAUCUUCACUAAAGCUUCUAAUGAUACCGUAUCAACUGAUUCUCCAAUUAAGUUACCAAAGAAGUCGAUACAAAAAACCAUAGAUAGACCGUCCAGUGCUUUCCUGGGCUUAGCAGCAUUUAAUUCAACUAACUCAUCCACAAGUAGUCUUCCAAGAAGCUCUCUCGAUAACCGCUCGACACCUCGAACAUCUACCGAUAAGAUACCCCCUCCGCGAAUUAAUUCUCCAAUCGAAGGACUGACGUCUACCGGGAGCGAAUGUCCUCGAAAACGAGACGAACUGUGGUCAGCCUUUCGCUCUCUCGAUAAUGACUAUUCUAAGUUCCAAGCCAAGAGCUGGUCCCUGAAGACCAACAUUGUACGAUCUUCUUUACUUCCAUUCUUACGGUCUCAUCCUGAAUCUUCGCCCAUUGGGACCCUCAGGCCCGAUGACCUCGAGCGAAGGGUAGCUACACUGAACAAAUGGUGGAUUGGACUACUAGAGGUACUUGAUGGGAGACAAAACCAAACUGUCAGCGGGGUGGAUAGACCAGUGUUACUCGAAGCCUGCUUUGAAAUAAUGGUUAGACCCGAAUGGAGGCCAUCCAUAUCCACAACAUUAGUUGAUAAAUCAUGUCCCAAACCUCAUCGACGACUCCUAAUGCCCAAAAGAUCUUCGGCAUCGCUCAUGUCAACUGCAAUGUCCCCAUUUAUGAUUGAAUCCGUUUACCAAAAUACCGUCAAUACCUUCAUCCAGAAUCUCACUACACAAAUUAAUUUUGUCGUAAACAAAAUGUCUCUGCGACAUGCUCCAGCAAGUCUUGUUAACUUUUGCGGCAAAGCUAUCGCCUAUGCAUUCUUUUUUGUCCCGGGUAUGGCCGGAAUAUUAGUUCGCUUGUGGAAACUGCAACCUGACGUACUUCGGAGGGUAUCAGAUGAAUUAGGCCUGCCUCGAAUGGCGAGUAAGGCUGAUGUUGAUGAAAUUGUAAAUACAUUUCCCUCACAUCUACAAUGUCUUGGAUGGCAAUCAGUAAAGGCCAUGUCGGCAUUUAUCCGAAAGUCUUCAGAUUCACCUCUUAUGACGAAAGGUAUACCCUGGUAUGGUCCUUGGGUCGCCCGAUGGUCAGGAAGAGAUAGUGAUCUAUUCUUUAUCUUCGUAAAGCACUUUCACAUACUAAUGGAAGAAUUUAUCCCUUCUGACUUGUCAUUGCGGGAAAAAGCACGAGCGCCUGGAUACUUGCUAAUACAAGCACAAACGUUAACUGCAAUCGAUGCAACAAUUCACCGACAGCCCGCUGCCGACCCCCUACCCAUAACAUUUGAUGAUGUACUAGCUGGUGCCGAUGCUUCUGCGGCUGCUGCCUUACCGCUACCGUCCAGUAACUCAGCAAGAUUAAUGGCCGAGAACCGUUUAAUAAUGCUACUUCGUGACUUUCUAUGCGAAAAGCUCUCUAAAAAUGUCAGAGCUCGCUUGAGUUUUGGUGAAGUAUUUGGGAAAAUGAUGCAAGCUGGAGCCAGAAGAACAUCAUUGUUUGAUCACAAUGCAUGUUUUGUCUUAUGUGACUUCAUGGAAGAGGCAUUGACAAUAUUUGCCCGAUCGCACCAGGCUCAUACUUUUAUUGACUGGAAAUUUUGGCUAGAUGUUUGCCAAAAAAUGCUGGAGAGUGAAAAUUCUAUGUCUGAAAUCAGACUAUUUUCUUUUUUGUACAGCGUAUGGAAUAUUCUAACCACUGAUGAGCGACGGAAAGAAGUAAUUUGCAUUGAUUGGCUCUUAACAUCUCGGGUAUUCGACAAGUACUUUAAUCAUUGGUGCCCUAUGAUUCGAGCCUACUACAUGAGGCUGCUCUGCUGGAGAGUCUGUCGUAAUGACGGCGACUCUAGCGAUCUUGAUGCGAAAAUUUUUCACACCGUAUUGAUUCGGCUGAGGUCACACUGGGCACAUUAUCUUUAUAUGAAGGAGAAGUCAGAAGAGAAUAAUACAUUGUUGCCAUCAACGGCACCAUGUUAUCCAGCCCCUGGACGACGCCUUCUUAUUAUUCGAAACGAUAAUCAAUCUGCGGCUACCCCGCUUUUCCUUGGCUUCGAUGACCUCUUCGCGCAAGGUUCUUGUCGAAAAUCUAAUAGUACAUCGGGCCACAAACGAAAUUCUUCCACUCUGAAUUCCUCGACAUCUGACGUCCACCUUCAAAUACCCUCCCAAUCAAAUAUUUCUGACCCUAAAACUGCGGAAAACUCAACGACAACUCCGUUUAAGAAACGCUGGUUUGAAAUAAGCAAAAAUAUCUCUCGUUUCUUCCCAUCUCGCGCUGGAACGCCGCCUGCAAGCGUUACCGACAACCCGACUGUCUUUAGGUCAUUUUCUGUUAGAUCAUCUAGUUUUCACGUAACUGAAGGAACUUCCCAUCCACCAGCAGAAACAUCGAAUAACGACAAAUCCGAGUCUUCUACCCUUGCUUUACAGGAUGAUACAUUUCUACAGAGAGACUUCAAAGACCGGGACGCAUCAGAGUCAUUUCCCGCAAUGCAUCGAGCGUUUUCGUUUAAAUUUAGUUUGGAGUGGGCUGCUCAGAUUGACCCGAAUAUAGGGGAGAAUGAGAACUCUAGUGGAAACUCCGUUCCUAAUGGGACACCUGCCGUAAAUCCAGCUGCAGUAAAUCGGCCGGGACUAGGACCGGGAGAGCGGAAGCUUUCUCCACCUCGACUACCUGCGCCUGCACAAGCUUGGCUUGGACUAAAGAUACCUGGUGCAAGUCAAGAGGUGACCGCACGAGAUUGGUUUGAGCCUAGUCGGGAUGAUUUUCAUCAUCCAGAGAAUUUAAUUACAAAAUAUCCGAUAGAUAAUGAAAUUCUACCCAAAAGAACCGUCACUAUGACUGUUCCUGAAAUUGAAGAGUCAACGUCAAGAUUUUCAACCAUAUUUCAAGACUCAGGUACCAAAACAGCCAUUUACAAAGGCCGUGCACUAGCUGAGUGGGCAUUAGUCGUGGGAGAGUGCAAUAGUUUUCUAGAAAGGAGGCGCAGCGAGGGUGUGCCAUCUCUGAGAUGGGUCGAGGUUCCGACACUUGGAGUAGAGGGAUUUAGACGUUUUGGUCAAUAA